AUGGUAGGGGGAAGCAGUACUACCAAUGAUGGAAAUGAACUUAGUGAAGUAGUGAGACAAUUGGCAGCAGUUGCCCAACAAAUGGCAAGGAACUCAACUAGUAAUGGGGAUGCUAAGGCAUCGGAGAGCUUUUUAAGAAGGUGGCUCAAAGUAAACGACCAACCUAUCAAGGGGAGCCUAAUCCUACCAUACUGGAAAACUGAGUCUGUUGCUACAGAGAAGGCAAAAGCUAGAAAGUUUGAAAGUGGCUUGACUACUGAUUUGCAGUUAAAGCCGUGCGGGCAAGUGUUUGAGACCUUGGAUGAUGUAUAUGGAAGGGCCGCACACCUUUACACAUUGGAGGAGAAGAAAAAGAAGGAGUUAGCUGAGAUAGAAGGAAGAGAAAAGAGGAAGGAAGUGGGGCAAGUUUCUGGUAACCAUCAGGGAAACCAGAACGACUUUAAGAAUCAGAAGUACCACAAUAAUAACAAUAACUUCCACAACAAUAAUAAAUUCCAAGGUAACAACCGUCAGGGAGAACGUAAUAACAUUGAAGGGGCUAUAAACCAUAACCAAGGGAAUAACAAGAAUGGGAGGACUUAUUUUUGCAAAAGGUGUAGAAACAAUCACCCUGGGAAGGUUUGCGAAGGCAAUUUGGUUGCUUGUCACGCUUGUAAUAAACUUGGGCAUAGGGAGUAUGAGUGUUUCUCUAAGAAUACCAAUGGGUACAGGCAGAAAAGUAAUAAUUUUGGAGGAAAUCAUAGGAAUUUUCAAGGGAACAACAACAACUUUACUAGGAAUAAGGGAGCACAUCAGAAUAGAGUAAAGAACAAUAAUAAUAACAGUGGGAACAACCAACAGAGAGGUGGAGCUGUAGGGAAAUUGAACGUUAUGAGCAAGCAUGAGGUUGAUUCCACGAAAGAUGUUAUCACUAGUACUUUUUCUAUUAACUCUAUUCCUGUUAAUGUUAUUGUUUCAAAACUUAAAGACUGUUUAAAAUCAGUAGAAGUAGUUGAUCUACUUAUAACCAUCCCUACGGGUUGGGUAGUGAAAUGUACCAAAACCCUGAGAAAUUUGCUUUUAGAAAUAGAAGGAAAAGUAUUCCUGUCUAAUUUCAUUGAGUUCGGGUUGAGUGACUUUGAUCUCAUUCUAGGAAUGGAUUGGUUGAAUGAGAUCCCUAGAAUGCCACUUGAGAGGGAAAUUGACUUUACCAUAGAUUUAGUUCCUAGAACAGCCCCAAUAUCUAAAGCACCAUAUCGAAUGGCACCUACAGAAAUGAGUGAGUUAAAGGAGAAAUUACAUAAUUUAUUAGAUAUGGGAUACAUUAGACCAAGAGCUUCCCCUUGGGGAGCACUGGUUUUAUUUGUGAAGAAGAAAUAUGGGAGUUUGAGAUUGUAUAUUGACUACAGGGAAUUAAACAAAAUUUAUUUGAGGUCUGGGUAUCAUCAAUUGAGGAUUGCAGAUGAGGACAUCCCUAAAACUGCAUUUAGGACAAGGUAUGGACACUACGAGUUUACAGUUAUGCUAUUUGGAUUAACAAAUGCUCCAUCAAUCUUUAUGGAUUUGAUGAAUAGGGUAUUUCAUCAAUUUAUGGAUAAGUUUGUGGUAGUAUUCAUAGAUGAUAUAUUGGUGGAAUUUCUUGGUCAUUUUGUGUCUAAGGAUAGAGUAGAAGUAGACCCAGCCAAGAUUGAAGUUGUUAAGAGUUGGCCUACACCCAAAACAAAGGAUAAGAAAUUCGAGUGGGAUGAUAAGUGUGAAGAAUCAUUCCAAUUGCUGAAGCAAACACUAGUCACAGCACCAGUGCUUAUGUUGCCAGAUGAUAGUGGGGUGUAUGAUGUGUAUAGCGAUGCAUCAAAGAAUGGCUUAGGAAUCUACACAGACCAUAAGAGCUUGAAGUAUAUUUUCACCAAAAAAGACCUGAACUCUCAGCAAAGAAGAUGGUUAGAGUACACAACGGAUUACACCUUAGAUAUACAAUACCAUGAAGGAAAAGCGAAUAUAGUUGCAGAUGCUCUAAGUCGUAAGACCAUUCAUGGACUAAACAUAUUAGUAGUAGCUAAUGAGUUGUGUAGGGAGCUGAUGAAGUUUAAUUUAGAAGUCGUAGAAUGA